AUGGCAUCGGCAGCAUCAGACGGUGAACCCCCGGGAACCCAAGCAAAGUCAAAAGAGUCCGCCAUUCGUGUUCUUGAGUCCGAAGUCGCUAGGUUGAAAGCGGCAGGUUCUCCUGGUGUGAUAAGCAACAAUGUUUCGGAUCAGAUCCAGAAUGGGGAAUGCGCCGUUACUGUGAACGAGCACCUGCUAAAAGAAAAUUCUGAAUUGAGGACUGAAAUCGCUUCACUGAAGAAGGAGCGAAUUCGUAUCAACGAUGAUCUUGCCGCUGCUCUUGCAGCGAGCACUGAGCUACGCUCCAAGCUUGACGAUGCUGUACAAGAAGCAGCUGCUCUUAGGGAGCAACAAACUGCAACAGACGUUUUCUCGUUAGAGCUCAAGGAUUACGAGAAGAAGAUGGUGCAGCUUAAUAAAUCGUUGAAAGAAGCACAAACAGCUCUUGAAAUUACUACAAACGAGAAAAAGGAGCUCAGCGAACAGCUCAGUGCUCACAAAAAUUCAUCGGAUCGUGUGAACAUCGAGUGCUCCACGUUAAUGACCCAGUUGCAGGAAGCCAAGCAAGAAUUAAGUGAUGAACAACUUCGUGUAGCUGAUUUACAAAGCUCACUGAAUCGUCUUCAAGACAACUUCAAUGUUUUGGCAGCUGCCAGAAACGAUGAAAGGGUGGCAUUUGAGGAGAAACUUGCUCAGAAUGAAGUACUUGUUGAAGUACUACGAAAAAAUGUGGAGCAGAAGCAGGGUGAUUUGCGAAAUGUUACAAAUGAGAAGGACGUUUUGAAAUCUCGACUUGAAGAUUUGGAAAAUGAUUACGAAGCAUAUAAGUCUCGCGCUCGGUACGUUCUGGAACAAAAAGCUCAAAGUUCUACUGAGCAGCUUAAUCAACAGAUUGAUCUCAAUGCAACAAACGAUGCCAUUUCUGACUUGAAACGUUCUCUGGAACUUUUGCAAUUUGCUCACGACGAUGCUUUAAGAGAAGCUCGCAGAGAUCGUGAACUUCGCGUGAAAGCCGAAACAGCCGCUCGCGUAGCGAAAGCCGAGACUGGGGAAAUCUACGAUCAUAUGGCGAUCGUACGUGAAGAGUUGUUUAAUAACAAAAUAAUGUUGAAAGAUCGAAUCAGUGAUUGUGUGUCUUAUCAAAGACAAAUUUCUGAUUUAGAAAGGAAAAUGCAAGAUGAAGAGAAGGAGAAGAUGCAGGUUCAUGUUAAUGUUCCAACGAACGGGUCGAUGAUCAACACCCGCAACAAUCAAUCGAAAUUCCCAGAUCUUCCCAUUACAAUGUCGUGGAGUCUGAAAUUCAGGUAAAU